AUUCAUUUGUCAGUUUAAUGUUUACUUUCUAUUAGCUACAAAUUCAGUCGGCAGUUCAGUGCACGGUGUUCAAAUGGCCAAGAUUCGCGACCUGCCCGAAGAAGUCCUACUUCUAAUCUUCAGCUUCCUCAAACUGCGCGAUCGCAAGGUCGUAGCUCGCGUAUCCCGACUAUGGAACCGGCUCGCUUUCUCCGAUCGCCCAAUGCGGUCGAUCUCGCUCCACGCAGUGGACUACCUCAACGCCAAGGAACGCAAGAUCCUGCUCAAAAGCAGUCGCUGCUACCGCAACCUCACGCUGGAAUGGACCGAAGCGUCCAGUGAAGCCUUCUGCGUUCAAGUUCUGGACAAGUUCGGCUCGGAACUGACCUCGCUGAGGCUGUCCACGUACGUGAUUACACUGCCACUGUUGGUGAGAUUCCUGUUGAAGACGCACAAGCUGCGCGAACUCAUCAUCGAGGGAAGUCUGUGCAGCGAAGAGUGUGACAUGGUUGUGCCCGAGUUUGGGGAUUUGCGAUCGCUGGAACUGACUCAGCGCGGGUAUGAAUCGGAGCUGCGAGAGUUAGUACCAACAUUGUUUCCCAAUCUGACUUCGUUGGACGUGGUCGGAGCGGAGAAUGCCUCACUAGACUUAAUUCGGUUCUAUAGCAAGCAACUCAAGUGCCUGCACGUCCUCUUGGAAGGUUCCCAGCUUCAGAAGUUCUCCGAACUCGAGAACUUCGAAAACCUGCAACAACUAAACGUUCAUUGGCCGCAAAUCAUCGACCCAAAGUACAGUGUGGCCUGUUUCCAGCAGAUGAAGAACGUCAAAAGUGCGUCCAUAUCGGGGCCCGUCAACGAGGACACCUUGCUCUCGAUUUCUAAGUGGAGUCAGCUAACGCAUCUUUGCAUCAACGUGCAGUUGAUGAAGGCGAGCACGUUCAAGAGCGUCGCCGAUAUCAAGAAUCUCAAAAGUCUGAAGCUGCAGGGAUCGGUGAGGGAAAAGUGCUUCCUGAAGGACGUCCGGUUACUGGGUGUUAGAAAGCUAAUUCUGGACGGGGUUUCGACGACGAAUGACUUUUACGAUCAUCUGGCGAGUUUCGUGCCUCACGUGACGUUUCUGAAAAUCUACGAUCACACGUUUGAGAACGCUAGUCUUAUGUUGAUCACGAAAUCGAUGGUGAAUUUGCAAUCGUUGUCACUGGAGUACUGCUAUCAGGUCAAAGAUAACGGGUUUCAGUUUCUAAACUAUCUGAGCGGCCUUAUUGAGCUGCGAUGCUGGUCGGUGCCGAUCUCGGAGAAUGCUUUCCUACGGUUUCCCAAGUGUCCGAAUUUGCGAACGUUCGCCGUUGGAGGUAGUGGAUGGAUCACCAACAAAUCCGUGCUGGACAUCCCGAAGGCAUUCCCCAACCUAACCGAGCUGAACGUGAUCGACUGCUUCAAGGUGGACGAGGACACAAUCUACGAACUUCGCGAACGGAUGCGCAAAUGCGCCGUCGUGAAGCUGAAAAAGCUGGAACCGGAUCGGGAAGCGGAAGCCCCUUGGGCCAAGUGUUGGUAAUGAGAUAUUAGUGGUUGUUUUA